CAGUCAUCACACAGCAACAACAAGAAGCAAACCGCGAUGUUGUGGAGGACAGCGAGAGCUCUUGCGCGGAGUGGCGUGCAGAGUGGUGGUGGUGGUGGUGGUGGUGGUGGCAGUGGUGGUGUCGUUGGACCAAAGCGGAGAAAGAUGUGGCUACCUUCAUUGAACGAGGAGGUGGGAGGGUGUCGACUGCAGUUGCGAGCUCAGAGUACUUCCACGACUGCGACGACAGCGACGACGGCGAGGACUGCGGCUGCUGCGUCAACGUCGGCGUUCUACCAGAAAUGGUUUCAGGACUUGAGGGAAGAAGGUGCACAGCUCAUUGCCGCGCUUCGGCACGGACACAACAGCAGUGAUGGCACUACAUUGAGUGUUGAUGGUGGUCUGGGUGCUGGUGAUGGCGGUGUUGCGGUGGAUGGGCAAAGGUCGCCGUUUCAGGCAAAGAUGGACGCCAUCAAGCGGUUCUACGUCACGCUCAUGGGCAUGAAGGAGGUGACGACGGCGAGAACAGAGGUUGAGGCGUAUCGUCAGCUUCUCCUGCACAAGGAUGCUGAGCUCAAACAAAGGCAGCAACAGUACCAGGCUGCAGAGCAGGAAGUUUUGAAGCAGGAACACCUCUGGAAACAAAUUGAAGAAGACAUUGAAAACCAAGACUGGUUGACGUUUGCGCAGCGCCAGCAGCAGAAGAUGCGGGCGAGGAAGGAAUGGGAACAGGACCACCAGCACGUUGUCAAUGAUGCCAUUGCCAAGGAGGACGACAUGAACACAUGCCAGCAGCAGAGGGAAGAUGCAUUGAGCAAAUACAUCGACGCGCUAUGGAGGUGCCAGCAUGCUGAGGAGCAGCAGUUUGAGGCCGACCGCAACAUCCGCUACUACACCUUCCUCCUCUCCCUCGUUGCCAUCAUCCCCAUCCUCGUCUUCGCGUAUUCGCGGCGGUGGAUGGUUGCGCGCUCCAUUCGCGAGACGCUGUCGCCGUUCCUGCAGGACCUGAACCAAACGCUCGAAUUGGAGCAACCAAGUGCCGGUAGGGGCGAUGUUCAUGACGAGGACACCACGGCCACAGCCGUCGCUUCGUAUCAGAACACCAUCAAGGCACUGGAGGCUGAGAUUGCUGCCCUCAAGUCGACGGGCGGUGGUGAAGGACAGCAGGUGAUGGCGACUGCGCUGCAGCAUGACGCAAGUGCCCUCUAUCGCGACGUGGACAAACUGGCCAGCAUGAUGGAGGAGGACCGGGCCACCAUUGACACAUACACGCGCGGCACGCGCAACGCCGUCAUCACCGCUGCCGUCGUCAGCAGCGCGGCCUUCCUCUACGCGCUCGGGUCGCGUGGGGGCUGAAGGAAAUGGGAGUGGUUGCUAACUUGGUGGCUGUUGCUGUUGAUGUUGUUUGAAGUUGUUGGUUUGGGUUGUUUGAAGUUGUUAUUGUUGUUGUGAUGGCGGCGGUGGUGGUCGCGGUAUGAUUGCCAUGCUGGGUGUUACGCACGAGGACUGUGGUGGUUCUCAUAGACUGCAGGCAUCUUGUGUUUGAAACCAUGUAAUAGACACAUCGCAUAUGAUA